UUUUCACGUGUGGUUAACAGCCCGGAGCUGAGGAAAGGGUUUAUCGCCAAUACUAUAGCCUAUAUCCAGAAGUAUAAGUUCGAUGGACUGGACAUAGACUGGGAGUACCCGGUUUGCUGGACCGGUAACUGUACGGCUGGGCCUAAGUCUGAUCGAGAAAACUAUGGGGUGUUUGUCAAGGAAAUAAGGGCUGCGUUUGAAAAACUUACUCCAAGGCUGACCAUAUCGGCGGCAGUGGUGGCCGGGGCUGGCAUUGCCGACAAGGCCUACGAUUAUAAGGCUAUUGGCGAGUAUGUCAUACAGACUGUAAUUAUUCUAUAUUAA